CUUCGGGGUGAAUGAAUAGCAACACGUGCGCGCAAUAUUUUAUUUGGGAAAUCUGUUUUUAACCAUUAAAUUGUAUUAGAAAGCCAACUUAAUUAGCACCAUGUCUAUCCGAGAGAAGCUGCUGAUGAAGAAGAUCGUGAAGCGGGAGAAAAUGAAGAAGGAGCUCUCGCAGAAGAAGGGAAAUAACAAGGCACAAAAGCAGGAGCAACCCAAACAAAAUGGCAAUAAACCCAGUAAAAAACCGAAGAAACUCACUAACAAACAUGUGGCCGAUGAUCAGGAUGACGACUUAGAAGAGGAUUUCCAGGACGCGCCGCUGCCCAAGAAGAAGCAACAAAAACAGCCUCCAAAAAAGCAACAAAUUCAGGUGGCCAACUCGGAUUCGGAGUCCGAUGAAGAUGAUGAUGAGCAGGAGGAUGAGGAUGAGGAUGACGAGAGUAGCGAUUUGGAAGAAGAAGCCGAAGACGAUGAGGAGGAAGUAGCCAGCGGUAGUGAAGAUGAUGACCAGCAGGAAGAUGAAGAUGACGAACCUGUGCCAGCGAAGAAAACGAAGUUGCUUCCAAACAAAUCGAAGGCACAGAAUGGCAAACCAGCUAAAGAUGACGAGCCAUUUACCGUGGAAUCCUCUCUGGCUGCUCUGGAUUAUCGGGAUUCGGAUGAUCGCAGCUUUGCCUCACUAAAGGGAGCCGUGUCCGAGGCCACGUUGCGAGCCGUUAAGGAGAUGGGCUUUACCGAGAUGACGGAAAUCCAGGCGAAAUCACUGACACCCCUACUAAAGGGACGCGACCUGGUGGGUGCUGCCCAGACGGGUUCCGGCAAAACGCUGGCCUUCCUGAUACCCGCCGUCGAGUUGAUAAACAAGCUGAGGUUUAUGCCACGCAAUGGCACCGGAGUGAUCAUUAUCUCACCUACGCGAGAGCUGUCCAUGCAGACUUUCGGUGUGCUCAAGGAACUGAUGGCACACCACCAUCACACUUAUGGCUUGGUAAUGGGCGGCUCCAACCGCCAGGUGGAGAGCGAGAAGCUGGGAAAGGGCAUUAACAUUCUGGUGGCCACACCGGGUCGUCUGCUGGAUCAUCUACAGAACUCACCCGACUUUUUGUACAAGAACCUGCAGUGCCUGAUUAUCGAUGAAGUGGAUCGGAUUCUGGAGAUCGGUUUUGAGGAGGAACUGAAGCAAAUCAUCAAUCUGCUGCCAAAACGCCGCCAGACGAUGCUCUUCUCGGCCACUCAGACAGCUCGCAUCGAAGCGCUUUCCAAGCUGGCCCUUAAGUCGGAACCAAUUUAUGUGGGUGUUCACGAUAACCAGGACACGGCAACCGUAGAUGGACUCGAGCAGGGCUACAUUGUAUGCCCCUCGGAGAAGCGACUGCUCGUGCUCUUCACUUUCCUCAAAAAGAAUCGCAAGAAGAAGGUGAUGGUGUUCUUCUCGUCCUGCAUGUCCGUCAAGUACCACCACGAGCUCUUUAACUACAUUGAUCUGCCAGUGACCUCUAUUCACGGUAAACAGAAGCAAACGAAACGAACGACAACCUUCUUCCAGUUCUGCAAUGCGGAAUCUGGCAUUCUCUUAUGUACGGAUGUGGCUGCUCGUGGACUGGACAUUCCGCAAGUCGAUUGGAUUGUGCAGUACGAUCCCCCAGAUGAUCCACGCGAGUAUAUUCACAGGGUGGGACGAACGGCCAGAGGAUCGGGCACCUCGGGUCACGCACUGCUCUUGAUGCGACCCGAAGAGCUGGGCUUCCUGCGCUACCUUAAGGCCGCCAAGGUGCCUCUCAACGAGUUCGAGUUCUCUUGGCAGAAGAUAGCCGAUAUUCAACUGCAGCUGGAGAAACUGAUCGCCAAGAACUACUUCCUGAACCAGUCGGCCAAGGAAGCCUUUAAGUCGUAUGUGCGCGCGUACGACUCCCAUCAGUUGAAGCAGAUCUUCAAUGUGAAUACGCUGGACCUGCAGGCGGUUGCGAAAAGCUUUGGAUUCCUGGUGCCACCCGUUGUUGACCUUAAGGUGGGCGCGGCCAAGCGGGAGCGACCGGAAAAGCGAGUGGGCGGCGGCGGUUUUGGGUUCUACAAGAAAAUGAACGAGGGAUCGGCCUCCAAGCAGCGACACUUCAAGCAGGUCAACCGCGACCAGGCCAAGAAGUUUAUGCGUUAGUUUUUUAGAUUUAGGCAGAGAUACUGUUGCAUAUUGUAAAUCUGCUGCUUUACUUGAGUGUGUAUACAAAUAGGCAAAAGAUAUAAAACUAAAUGUUUCCAAUUCACAAA